AUGACACGGGGCAGCCCCGGGGCCUCUGUGUGUGCAGUGCUUUCUUCAUCCUCCAGUAUCUGGGGGCUGGGAUAUGUUAGUACACCUCUGCAGGGGUCUGUGCUCCCGAAGUUGUCUGAUUCUGUCUGUCUGUCUGCAUAAGAAUAUGGAUAUCCCUAGGCCAGGGGCUAUGUCUGCCCUUCCUCCUCUGGCCCAGUUGUCUGUGCCGCAGUGCGUGCGCAUUCUUGUGUGUUACUGGGGGUAUAUAUACCUUGGCUUCUAUGUUACUAGGAACCAUGCAUGCACAUCUCUUAGCGCACCUAUAUCUUGCAUGUACGUACACAUAUGUGUAGUGGUAUGCUUGUCACCACAUCCUUGGGGCAAGGUUAGUCAAGGUUACUGAGCCUAUGUGGGCCUCCAUGUCCCUCCUUCUCCCUGCUGAAAUGAAACUCCAGUGUUCAUUCUUUUUGGGGCAGCUGCUGUUCCUCUGCUUUGUACAUUUCUCCCAUAACUUGACCUCUUCGUCCAGGCAGGACUGUGGAGAGGGCCCAGGCCAACCCUCCCCCACACCUAAAGCCCUCCUCCCGUUUCCUAUUCACCUCCUUUUUGGCAGUUUCUCCCAUCUUUGCCAUCUGGCCUGACACUGUGCCCAUUCAGCUCCACCGACAGAAGCCCCAAGGAAGCAGGCAGAUGGAGUGGGGACCAGGGCAGGGCCUGGCAGCUCCCAGCACUCAGCUCAGGUCAUUCCAUGGGAGCCUGUCAGAAAGUGGUAAUUUUUGACAAGUAGACUCCAGGGACGUCUUCCCUCUGGAACUGAGUCGUGAGUGCAUCGCCAUCAGCUCUACUAGAGGAUUCCUAACUUUACCUUUAAGUAGCAGCUUACCUAAUGCAUUUUGGUUUGUAACUUUGUUACAGUGAAAGACCUGGGAUACUUGGGAAAUAAUAAUUUAUUCACUCAUUCUGUUUCUAGUAUUUGUGUCCCUCCUAGUUACAAGGAGCUAUUGAUUCUCCAAAUAAUUGUUAAGAAUAAGAAAGUGGGAGAUUAAAGAUGGCGGCAGGAGAGAACCAUAUUAGUAUGAUGUGACUGGAGCAAAGGAGCAUGGGAGGUGGGGCAUGUGUCAGAAAAAGAAACUGGUUUUAUUUGCUUUUCAGUAUGGUUUAGCCCCUUUUUAGUAGUAUUUUCAUUGCUGACAUGGGUAUUUUGCAGAGGAAAUUUUUUAUUCCCUUUAACUACUCUAGAAUACCUCUUGCAAGUCUUAGACUGCUGGUGGUUGUGGUUGGAGGGACAGGAAACAAACAAAAAACCCACAAGAAAACUUGUUACAGGCAGAUUUCAGGUUUGGGUCCAUGUAAGAACUUCAGCAGUUCCUUUUUGAAAGAAGUCCAAUGCUUUGGGAUAAGUGCUCAGGGUAUUUCCCUGAGAUGGCAUGUGGAUAGCCAUAUCCACAGCAUUAUUCACGAUAGCCAAAAGACAGAUGAAUGGCUAAACAAAAUGUGUAUACAUAUAUACAAUGGAAUGUGUUAUUCAGCCAUAAAAAGAAUGCUAACUUGGAUACAUGCUACAGCAUGAACUGACCUUGAAAACUUGAAGUGUCACAAAAGGACAGAUACAUGAAUCCACUCAUAUGAAUUUUCUAAACAGGCAAAUUCAUAGAGACAGAAAGUAGAAUAGAUGUUACAAAUUCUGGAAAUAGUGGUUACUAUUGUGAAUGUCCUUCAUGUCACUGAAUGGUACACUUAACGAUGGCUAAAUGGUAAAUUUUAAGUUAUGUAUGUUUUAUCACACACACCAAAGAGAAGGCACUGGGGGUAGCUACAGAGGGGUGGCUUCUGUGGCCUUAAGGCUUUAAGGAAGGUGGGAUCUUGAGACCAUGUCCUGUCCUCUGGCUUCUCUCCUUCCUGGCCAUCUCCUUUGUCUGCCAGCUUCUCCUGAGGACUGUGGUCUGCUUUACCCCAUCCGGGAAGCUCAUGAGUCAGAACCUCCUGGAAGGCACCUGGAAAGCACCCCAUAGGGCCGCCCCCUGCCUGGCAGGGCUGUGCUGGUGUGCAGUCUGCCUUGGAGAGUCCCACUAUGUUAUUAAACCAGUUUACAGAUGAAGAAACAGAGUUGGAGAGGUGAACAAUCAGGCUGAACCCACGUCGCUCUGACCACAGACCCAGCCCUUACUGGAGCAAUGGUGGACAGGACUGUACUGAACUCAGGAAUUUGAACUUUAUUCUUUAGAUAAUGGGGAGCCAGCAGAGCACCUGCUCCAGGGCAGUCGCUCCCUAGUACUUCUACCUGACAUAACAUCUGUUUACUUGCACUUUAUUACCUGUCUCCCUUCAAUGGAAUGUGAAGUAGGUGGGGGCAAGGCCAUCAUUUUGUUCCCUGCUGUGAACAUGCCUGGCACCUUCUGAAGAUUCAGCAAGCAUCUGUAGAAGAACGGAAGGCAGAGAGAUUAGAUAAUAACUACAACUUCAGCACAUUACAUAUAUCAUCUCAUUUAAUCUAACAACCUCAUGAAGCAAGGACCUCUGUCCUUUUUUCUCCCCAGGUCUCCACGGCUGAUGAAGCAGUGUCCAAAGGCAUCGAAGUCCUGGCAGCCAUCUACCUGGCAGUCACAACCCACACUCCCAUGCCCUGCCUCUGCUGGCUUUGGGACUGUCUCUGGGCAGCCUCCAUGCCCCAACCUGGAGAGGGCCACGAUGCCAGGACCUUCCUGUGCCCCAUGAUGCCCCCAGCCUAGCUCCUCCUCCCUCCGGCACCAUGUUGGCCAACUCCUCGGCCACCAGUUCCACCAACAGCUCUGUUCCCCCGUGCCCUGACUACCGGCCCACACACCGCCUGCACAUGGUGGUCUACAGCCUGGUGCUGGCCGCAGGGCUGCCCCUCAACGCACUGGCUCUCUGGGUCUUCCUGCGCGCGCUGCGCGUGCACUCCGUUGUGAGUGUGUACAUGAGCAAUCUGGCGGCCAGCGACCUGCUCUUCACCCUCUCGCUGCCCGUGCGCCUCUCCUACUACGCCCUGCACCACUGGCCCUUCUCUGACUUUUUGUGCCAGACGGCAGGUGCCAUCUUCCAGAUGAACAUGUACGGCAGCUGCAUCUUCCUGGCCCUCAUCAACGUGGACCGCUACGCCGCCAUCGUGCACCCGCUGCGGCUGCGCCACCUGCGGCGGCCCCGCGUGGCGCGGCUGCUCUGUCUGGGCGUGUGGGCGCUCAUACUGGUGUUCGCAGUGCCCACCGUGCUGGUGCACCGGCCCUCGCCCUGCGGCUACCGUGGCCUCCGGGUGCGUCUGUGCUUCGAGAGCUUCAGCGACGAGCUGUGGAAGGGCAGGCUACUGCCGCUCGUGCUGCUGGCGGAGGCGCUGGGCUUCCUGAUGCCUCUGGCGGCCGUGCUCUACUCGUCGGGUCGCGUCUUCUGGACGCUGGCGCGGCCCGACGCCACGCGAAGCCAGCGGCGACGGAAGACAGUGCGCCUCCUGCUGGCCAACCUCGUCAUCUUCCUGCUGUGCUUCGUGCCCUACAACUCCACGCUGGCGGUCUACGGGCUGCUGCGGGGCAACCUGGUGGUGGCCAGCAACGCCGCCCGCGACCAAGUGCGCCGGGUGCUGAUGGUGAUGGUCCUCUUGGCUGGCGCCAACUGCGUGCUGGACCCGCUGGUGUACUACUUUAGCGCCGAGGGCUUCCGCAACACCCUGCGCGGCCUGGGUACCCCGCUCCGGGCCAGGACCUUGGCCACGAACGGGGCUCGGAGCGCGCUGGCCGACAGGCCCUCUGCGAUCACCCACAACACCAGGCCGGCUCCCGCCAGUCAGGGGCUGCUCGGGCUCUCCAGCCCUGGGAGGCUCUUCGCCCAGUGCCCGGAGGAUUCGGCUCUCUGAAAGCGCAGCUCGCGCUGGGGCGCUCACGCCCACACGCACCCCUCCGCCUCUCACGCUCAUAGACCUGCAGAGUGGGCACACGAGGGCGGGGAAUUGGGCACUUGGACUUCUGGGUGGCACUCCAGCCCGUAAUGCAGAAGAAAACGAAGCGUGGGAGCGAGGGGCACAGGGAAGAAAGCGUGCUGGCGGACAUAACCUUUAUUUAAACUAGUGGCAAUGGUGAGCACGGGGAGGACCCCUUCCAGUACGCAGGAAGUGAUGCUGUGAGCCUGCCAACGCAGAGGCAGGCGACUGGGUGAAACGCCCUCGGCGGGGGCAUGAAACACUGCCAAGAACUGGUAGAUGGAGCAGACAGUGGGUGUCCUGGAUAUAGACCACAACUGUGCUAGGAUGGAUGCCACCCACUCUCACUGCCACCUAGGCUUCCCCUGCCCAGCCCUGAGGCAUAACGCAAGAGGUUAUUGAAUAGGGACAGAACUGGUUUCCUUCUCUUUUAGUGACUUGUAACAACUUAGAUCUGACACCCAGCACAGGAUGGUUGUGGGCAGAGCAAACUGUGAGUUAGAGGGUUUUUUUCCCUCAAAGAUUUGUCCCCUGUUCCCAUUGCUAUAGGACAUUCCUUGUCAGCCCACCUCACCCUGCUUUCCAGGCCUCCUCCAUUCUAGGUCCUAAACUCACUCACUCUGCCCCUGCUGCUUCAUUUAGAUUAAGGAGAAAAUUCUUUAUACUGAAGUAGCAAUUCUCAAACGUAUGGUCUCCAAUCCUUUUACACUCUUAAAAACUGAGGAUUCCAAAGAGCUUUUGCUUAUGCUUUGUCCUUCCAAUACUUAUUAGUUAAACUAAAAUGUUUUUCACCAAUACACAUGCCACACUCCCUUAGCUGUGAGAGCAGUAAUGUCCUCCCGUUUCAUGAAACCUCUGGAAAACUCCACUGUAUACGUGUGAGAGAAUGAGAGUGAUAAGGACAAAUGACAUCCUAGUAGUAUUAGGAAAAUACCUUUGAUCUCAUGAACUUCCUAAAAGAGUUUGUCCCCAGAUCACACUCCGAGGACCAGGCUUGUACUAAAGUAUUAGAGUUUGUGUGUCACUUUUUACCAGGGCGUUACAUUUUUAUUUUGGUACUGUGGGGAGUGGGCAAUACUCCACAACUCAAUUGUUAGUUGUAGUCAUUCAGGCUUGGGGUUUCCUGGGGGCACCAGGAGCAGCUGCAUAUGAAAUGGAACUACCUGGGGCUUCCUGGAGCUGCAGCCUGAGGUGCAGGUGGAACUAGUCACACACACUCAGGAGGAGGGGGUGGGCUUCUCCGGGGAGGGAAAGGGCACUAUGCCACAGCCGGGCAUGAAGAAUUUACAGGGAGCAAAGAGCAGACGGGACUAGGCUGGCCGUUCUUAGCAGGCUGGGGGCAAGGGAAAUGGGAGACGCUUUAAGGGCCAAUACAGUUCCCUUUCCUUGGAUGGAAUCAGUGGCUGGGAGGGGCUGCAGAAUUGGCACUUUGACAUCUUGAGACCCUGACAUUAGUGAAGAAGUCAUUGCCAUGGGUGUGUCCUGUAUUUCUGUCCCUGUGUCUCUCAAUGCUGUUGUGUGUGUCAAUGUAAGGGUUUUCCUGUGUGUGUGUGUGUGUGUUUUAGUUUGGAGUAAGCCUUUUGUGUGUCUUUACGUGAUUGCUCCAGAAUGUGAUUUACAGGGGGAAAAUGACCUCUGGUGGCCAAACCAGAAAACUGACCCAGAUUCCUCAGUGAUAGUCUUGAAGUCUGGGCCUUCCACCAUCUGGCGGGAGGUUAGAGCUGUGGGCCAGACUCUUACCGCCUGCUGCUCUAGAAGAGUCCUGGUGGUUAGCACCUGCUCCAUCCUGCUUCAUCCUUAACAUUCGGGACCUGUGCCCUCCCAGCUCUGAGAGCCCCAGAGCCUCAGUGUUUUUCCCUAUUCAAAGUGAACUAAAUUGAGUUUUUAAAAAUUACUUGAGUAUUUUUAUAUGCUGAUAGGUGAAUGAUUUCUAAAGUAAAACUCACAUAGCAAGUAUCUUCUAACAUACUAUAUAAUGUACUUAUUUAUUAUAAUUUUUAUAGUUUAUUGUAUGCCUCCCCCCCCACCCAUAGAAUGGAAGGGGGUAGGGCUUAGUUCUCUGAUGUAUCUCCAGCAUCUAGAACAGUGCCUUGCACAAAAGAAGUACUCAAUAAAUACUUGUUGAAUUAUAAACAGUUGAAUCUUGCUGGAAAGCAGUUUAUCAUCUAGUGGGGACCAUAGAACAAGUUAACAGGAAUUACCAUUCAAGAUGGAAGGUGCAAGAAAGCAGGGUAAGGAACUGGAAGUUAAUUUAGUGAGUAAUGGGAAGUCCCUAAAGGUUCUUGAGUGAGGUUUUGCUCACCCUGACAUACGGUGUGGAAUAAACUGUAGAGAACUGAGGUGGGAGAGUCUAAGGGGCAAGAAAGAUGGUGAGGGACCUGUGUAAAUAGUCCAGCAGAAGUGUGAUGGUGGCCUGCACUGGUGGAUGGAAUGGGCUGUCCCCAGUGUGAAAUCUCUGGUAUGUAAGCUCGGGGACUCUUUCCCCACAUUCAGUAUAUCCAAAGGGUUUCUAUCGUGAAACUGGAGAGACAAGACCAGAUUAAGGAGAUGUGGCAGGCAGGAAUGAACAGAAUCUGGCAAGUAAGAGGCUGGGGAAGUUUAAGAAAACUUGUAACCACUGCCAUUUUCACAGGAUUCUCCAGUGACUGAAUGGACAGCACAUGGAUGUAAAAUACGGGCAAUCCAGAGCCCUCACCGCAGGCCCUGGGGUCACCCCUGUGAGUUUCAGGCAAAUCCCAGGAGGAAGAAGAAAAUCUUAGAUGGAGAGAGAAGAGCAUUAACAAGUUUUAAAAAUAUUCUCUGUAUGCCAGGAUCUCAAUUUAGUGCUUAAAAUGCUCUCUUACUUAAUCAUUAUAAUAACCCCCUGAGUUAGGCAUGAUUAUUAUCCCCAUUUUACAGAUGAAACACACUGGCAAAGUUGAGGUCCCAAGGUCACACAGCUGGGAAGUGGCAGAGUAUCCAUCUGGCUCCCAGACUCUGACUCUCUGCAGUACAUCCUGCUGCAUCUCCCCUUCCCGGUUCUUCCCACCUCCUUAUCCCUGGCCUUAACACCCACCCUUCCCUGGUUUCCUUCUCUUUCCCUUCUCCAGCUGGCCACGUCUGUCACCUUGAAUCUCUAACCCACUCACCUGCAGCACACCUGUUGCCUCCCUCUCCACUUGCCUCAGGCCCCUGUGCAAAGAUCCUUGUGGCUGUGCGAGUGCUGGAAACUGGGAUCACUCAGGGUUCCAGUUGUGUUGGCUCCAAAAUGCACCCCAUGGAGGGCUCAGAAGGGAGUAACUAGCCAGUGACACAGGUGGACAGGUGGCUCAGCCCUGUGCAGUUGGCCAUGACGCCUUUCCCCCAUCUGGGACACGCACAUCUCCAAGACUGUCCCCCAAGUAAAUCGAAGAGGAGACCUCGUUUUGGCUCUCCACAGUCUGUCUUUCCCGUAGGAUGUUCCCCCACAUGGUAAGGGUAGCUGGGGGAAGAGUAACCAUCAUUGGUCUUGAAAUAAAACAAAUUCAGAACCAGAGCACAGGUAAGGGACCCCAAGGGGCAAAGAUGCUUCUCUCUUAGCCCUGAAGCAACUCGAUGGGACUCCCCCAGGGGAUGCCACCGGGGGUCCCUGGAAGAAAUGGGGGAGCCUUCUUUAUCAUUCCUUCAGGAGACCCUGGAGACAAAGGGAGGCUGGGUAACUCUUACCAUGCCAUGGUUUCCAGAGGAGCACUGAAGGCAAUGAAAAGUGGUUUCUCACAAGAGGCUUGAGGAAUUCUAAAGGCCCUC